AUGAACGAUAACACCUGCUUGGAUAUGAAUGCGGAAUUAUGGCGGAAUAAGCGUGAUUGGAGCACUCAGUCAUUUACCAUAUUUGUCUUCGUCUUCUUCUAUACAAUAAUUAUCCUCAUUGGUACUGUGGGCAAUUUAUGCGUCAUAUUAGCCAUAUCUCGGACCAGAACGCUGCAAACAGUACCCAAUAUGUUCAUUUUUUCGUUGAGUUGUUCAGAUCUCGUUGUGUGCUUUACUUCUGCGACAAUAACGCCAAUCGCAGCAUUCAAAAAGGAAUGGAUUUUUGGUGCUGUGCUAUGCUCGAUAGCACCUUUUAUUGCUGGUGCUUCACUGUGCUUUUCCACGUUUACCCUCUCAGCAAUCUCAGUGGAUCGUUUUUUGCUCAUCUGCUUUCCAACUAGAAAAGCUUUAUCCAGGCUUCAAGCAUUAGUUGCAAUUAUGGUAAUAUGCAUAUUAUCUACUUCAUUAUCAGCACCAGUAAUAUUCAAACAAAGGCUGAAAAGAUUCGGUAAUUACUGUGGUCAAUUUUGCACAGAAGAAUGGGGUAUUGACCAGAGCGGUAGACGAAUUUAUGGGUCCAUAAUGCUCAGUGUACAAUUCAUUGUACCUUUGACAAUAAUCACUUUUUGUUACACUGCUAUUUCCUUCAGACUAGGCAAGCAACGAGCGGCCCUAAAACGUAGACAACGAACGAAUCGUAUGCUGAUUGGAAUGGUUGUAGCAUUUUCUGCAAGCUGGUUCUUCAGUGUACUGUUUAAUGUUCUUAGAGAUUACGAUUGUUUACCGGAAUGGUGCCAAGCUCAAGAAUACUUUUUUGGAAUUGCAACACAUUGUAUUGCAAUGUCUUCAACUGUAUGGAAUCCAUUACUUUAUGCAGCUUUAAAUUUGCAAUUACGUGCUGCUUUCUUGCGAUUAUUACCUGAAUGUGUAAAAUAA